CAGUUCGGUGACGCAUGCUCAGUCAAGCGGACCGCGAUGUGGAUUUAAUUUUUACCAUGAUAAGAAAAUUUCAGUCAGUGUGAUGUUACAAGUAGUGAAAUAGUACAACAUGGAUUCGUUUCACAGAUAAAGAUUAUCUGAGUGAGAUAAUAACUGAACAAUAAUCGUGUCCACGAAUGUUGACGUCGCCAUGUUGUUCAGAAACAGACAGUAAGACGUCGACAUGCAUCGAUUGCAGCUUUGUAUGCAGUACUUUAUUCUGAGCGUAAUCUUCGUGUCUUCAUCAACACAAACUUUAAUUUCUCCUUCGCAAAAAAUCUACGUGGCAGUGAAUAAGACACUGGAUGUUUCGUGUUCACUGGGAAAAUCGAAUGCUUCUUUCAGUGAUUUAUACUUAAAGAAAUGCUUGCCACCAUCCAAUUGCCAACGCUUAGAACCCGUCCUGCAAACGAACAACACAAAGUAUUAUAAAUUAAGUGAUUUAAAUUCUGUGAAGAGAACAGUCAUAAGUUACUUUUGUGCAACCUCUUCUAAUUCGACUGAAGCACACAUGGGUCACUUGGAUGUGGUGGUUGGAUAUGAACCUCAGCUUCCAGAAAAUAUCAGAUGCGUGUCCAAUAAUAGGGCUGAGUUGAAUUGUUCAUGGGACGUGCCAGAAGUGAACUUGAUUAAUUCUGUGAAGUCAUUUUGGAAUGUCACCUACACCGAUGGCGCUUUAGCAUACAGACCGUGCCCCAAAGUGACUAUAACGAAGUAUGAAGUCCCCAACAGGUUCCAGUCAACAACCACGAGCGGAUGCUAUAUAUCCUCAGACGAUGCGAAUAUAUUUGAUAGAUUUAUACCUUCUACAAAUUACACAUUCAAUUUAACAUUGACGAAUAGUAUCGGGGUUGUGAGUCGUGCGUACAGCAUUACAAUUUCUAAAAUAGUACAACUUUCUGCUCCUCGAAUGAGCAUAAAACCAUCUAAAACUACAAUAGAUAUAACCUUGGACCUACCCUUAGAAUAUUCGAUACACCGAGAAUAUCAUGCUGUAGUCCAGUAUGACCUCACUUACCGACCAACCUGGAGCAAUGCAGUCGAACAGGUACUAUUUUCUAGUGGAAAUGAAAGUGUUUCUAUGACAUUGGAAAACUGUGUUCCUUUCACGAACUAUACAAUACAAAUGAAAGCCAAACCAGUGGGUUCUAUGUAUUGGAGUGACGUUGAUACGAAACCCACCACCACCCAUCCCGACGUUCCGCACUGGCCACCGGAAACGUUGGAGGGACUGUAUUUCAUCGAUACUCACACUCCAGACUCGAAAGAAAUAACUCUUUAUCACAAGCCAUUACAGGAAAGAUACUGGAACUCGGAAAACUGCAGUGUAAAUGUGGUACUUUCAAACGACGCUAACCGCACAAUAUGGGUGGGAAAUUUUACACCAUCAGAAGCCUCAUUGAAAAUGCCGUUUGACAGAUCUGAUUCCAGUUACACUGCAGCUCUAAGAUAUAUCAACAAGGAAGGGUCAUCCGAAAAUGAUUCAUUAAUUUCAAUUACGAAUGAAGAUAAUGGAAUAUUUGUAACGGUGGAGGAAAUUGAAACAAAGGGAUACUGGAUCACGUGGGAGAUGGAUGACGUCACUGAUGUUUUAGCCGCAACAAUAAUGUGGUGCACUCAUCGAAGUCGCACAACUUGCGAGGACGACAUUGAAUGGCGAACUUUCCAGACCCCCGGUAGUGGUGUACGUCUUACAGACAUACAGCACAACAGUAACAUGAUAUUUGGAGUGUCUGUUCAGUACAGGAAUAAGACGUCUUCGGGACUUACAUUUGCUUCGUGUUAUUAUCAACUGCUGCAGUCUCACCAUGAUUUCAAAUUAGCUUUUGAUUUGAGGCAGAGUGAUAACCAGCCAUUGGUGAUUGACCUUAUCUCAACAUUCUGUCAAUACGAGAGUAGACCAGUGACAUACCAAGUCUUAUACCAUAAGCAUACAGGCAGAAAACUGAAGUGUCCUAAUGAUUUCUCAUCAAACAUAACAGAGAAAGCCAGACACGAUCUCCGAGAAAUACCAAUGACAUAUCUGGAUCCUACAUCUCGUUAUGAUUUUUGCAUAGGGGUGCGAUUAGCGAACAAUCGAACGGUGUAUAGCGACGUCCAGUCGUUAGAAUACCAAGAUAUUCAGAAGGAUGACGGCGAAGAAGUUACAACGGCCCUAAUAGUCGUAGCAGUAUUCGUGUUUGUAUUCCUAACAUUGUUCCUAGUGUGUUACUGUAAACGAAAGUGUACCUUCGAGGAUCCGGAUAUAAAUAUACCCAAUAUCGAAUCAUAUGUGAAUCCUGGAUAUAACAACGAAUUAUCCGAGGAAGGAAAAUAUAUACAAGAUAUGGCUGAUAGCGGUACCCAAAGCCUUCCGGAAUCCGUCUCCUCCGAGGAGCAGGGCGCCGAAGCCGAUAGGGACAGUGUAAGCAGCAGCGGCAUAGGGUCCACAAAGUGCGAAUCCGAUGUUUUCUCAACACCAACAACACCGAUCGACUCGGACAAACAAACAUUAAUAUUCAAGACUAUUUUGGAAAACCGCAUGCAAGCAUGUAAUGUUUUCGAAAUGCCAGGAAAUAAAAAUCAGACCGCAGCAACCAGCAGCUCGGAAGGUCAGGUUCUUUCCAGCGGCGGCUCAAAUCCCAUUGACAGCUACAUUAAAGGAGAUUUGGAAGAGGAUGGAUUGAACACACUGCAAGAUAUGAUGGAUGACUCGGGGGAUUUCUCCGGAGGUUAUCGGGAUGUUAUGUGUUCCAAUUAUACCUCGACUUGUGCUUCAGAUAGUGAAAACAUAGAUACGUGUCCUCCCACGCCAGAACUGAAGAGGGACAUCUCAGAAAAUACUUUAUGUGAUUUAGACACAAUGGCUGACAGUUCUCAAACUUUUACCACAGGAGAUAGCAGUUCUCAAAGUACUGUUCCCUAUGCUAGAGAUAUUCAAAUUGAUUCAAGUGGAGAAAAUGUGACGUUUGACACAACAGAAUUUGAAGCUUAAUGAGCUUCAUUGAUUUGUGAAAAUUUGAAGAAAACACAAUGUUGCAAACAAAUUAACUCAAAUUUCCAUGCAACAUUCAUUUCACCAUAUUUUGCUAAGACACUUAAAGUAAUGACUUCAGAGUGACACAGUGCUCGAAACUCCUUACAAAUUCAGGUACCCCUUCACCAAUGUAGAAACUCCUUACAAAUUCAGGUACCCCUUCACCAUUGUACUCAGGGAUCGUUUUCAUGUUUAAAAUAGUGUGAUCUAAUCCACUCAAGUUGGGUGUAUUGCAGGCAAUGUACAAAGAAACACAUUUUAUAAAUUUGAUCUUCAGCAAAAACAAUACUUCUGUGAUAGAAAUUGGUUUACAAAAUACCAAAAUGUAUGUAAUGAAUGAUAUAUGACAUAUCUCUCAAAUUUAUUCUUGAAUGGAUUUAUCAAACAUAAUAUCAGACUUGCAGAAAAAGAUGUUUAAUUUAUGGACAUACAGAAAUUUCCCGUAUGAACACGUCCUUGCAUCUUAUAAGUAUCUUUAUUUGACGUGAAGCAUAAUAUCAGACAAGUGAAUUGCAGAAAGAGGUAUAUAAUUCUUGGACGUACAGAUUUUCCGUCUCCACACGUGGUCACAUUUUCUAAGUUUCUUGAUUUGACGCCAAGCAUAAUAUCAGACAAGUGAAUAGCAGAGAGAGAUGUGUAAGCCGUGGAAAUACGUAUAUUUACCGUCUGUACACGUGAUUGCAUCUUCUCAGUAUCUUUAUUUCAUGCUAAGCUUCCUACAUGUAUAAAGAUAGUUUUGGAUAAGUAGAAAUAAGUUAACUUCAAGAUAAACUGUUCUUAUCCGUUUUGUCAGAUGUGAAAAUAAUAUGCUGUUUCCAUCCUUUUCUUGUGUAAUGUAAACAUAAUUUCCGCCCUUCUUCUUGUCUGAUGUGAACAUAAUAUGCUGUUUCCGCCCCUCUUCUUGUCUGAUGUGAACGUAAUACGCUGUUUCCGCCCCUCUUCUUGUCUGAUGUGAACGUAAUUUGCUGUUUCCGUCACUCUUCUUGUCUGAUGUGAACAUAAUAUGCUGUUUCCGCCCCUCUUCUUGUCUGAUGUGAACGUGAUAUGGUGUUUCCGCCCCUCUUCUUGUCUGAUGUGAACAUAAUAUGCUGUUUCCGCCCCUUUUCUUGUCUAACAUGAACGUGAUAUGGUGUUUCCGCCCCUCUUCUUGUCUGAUGUGAACGUAAUAUAUGCUGCUUCCGCCCCUCUUCUUGUCUGAUGUGAACGUAAUAUAUGCUGUUUCUGCCCCUCUUCUUGUCUGAUGUGAACGUAAUAUAUGCUGUUUCUGCCCCUCUUCUUGUCUGAUGUGAACAUAAUAUACUGUUAUCACCGUCUCAUUACAUGUAACAUAUAUCUAUGAAACUAAAUAAGAGAAACAAAACCUGAAAAAUUACAAGUAAAAACAGUAUCAACAUAUGAUGUGUAUUUUGUGAUGUUCAACAAGAAUAUAUUUGCUUUAAGGUUUGUAAUCUCAAUCGUUGUAAAGGUCUUUGAACAAAGAAACACUGAUGGGGGUUGGGAUGAGUCUUAGACACAUAUCUACAGACACUUUGUAAAAAGAUUUUUUUCUUACGAUGUUCAAAAUACAAAAUGAUGUACACGUCUUCGGUAUAUCGGAGAGCAUGGAACUUUUUGUGGAAUUUAGUUAAUAUACACUUUAUUCAAACCUGUUAUUUUAUCAUAUGACAAUCGCUGUGGAUUAUACUUCAUGUUUCAUGUACAUUAUCUGAUGUAUGUGUAUGAAAUAUUGCAAGGAUUAUUAUAUACUUACAAUUAAUAAAUGAAUGACAAGAUUAA